AUGGCUCGCUAUGUUAACAAUCUCGGUUCAGCCCCAGAGGAAGGAAUCAUUCACAAAUUAAUACAUGUCCCCGGCCUCAUGUUCAAUACUAUCAUCAGCACAAUGGUUCUGAUUGGGUUGGAAACAAACUGGAGUAUCUCUGGGAGUUGGAAGAUUUACCAUUUCAUCACAACCUCACCAACCACGACGCAGCAAGUGGUGACGGUCACUGCAGGUCUUCUUGCAACAAUUCACGCCAAUGCAAUUACAAAAUUGAUCAAUCACGCUACCCGUAUUACUCUCCUAAAGCAGCCAACCUCUCUUCAUCGACUUAAGUGGUGGUAUACCCUAAGUACUAUAUCGUUAGAUCUAUCAGUCCGAUGGGCUGAAAAGCCAGUUGUGCUUGGAAGUUGGCUUGCUUUGUCACAUGGACUAUCUUUUCUAUGGGCCGGCGCCAUCGCCCCAGUUCCAGCGAUGAUAAAUGAUAUGCAAAGCUCGAUAACUCUUCCUCAAUAUACAGGUCAAUCAUCGCGAUACUGGGCGCAGAAUGGCUUCUACCCCAACCAAUUCAAUGCAUCUCUUAUCGACCCCAAGGGUACGUUCACAUACCUUCCAACCUGGGACCGACUCGGAUAUUUGAUUGUGGAUGGGUCCUCGGCCACAAGCACAGACGGUCAAACACAGGUACACUCCAAGAAUGAUAAUUCGAAUUAUACCUAUGUCGGCCGAUCAUAUGGAGUUGGCUCUUCCGUGGGUCUGUCGGAUGAAGCAUUACAAAAUACCACGCUCAAAUACCAGUAUACGGAGAAUGGUUACCAUGCUGCGGUCGAUUGUAUCUACAACGCGUCCUCACAACUCCGAUUGCUGCUAGCUCAGCCAGGAUGUGGUGGUUUGAUUGUAGGGGGAAUAGGAGGAGAUCAAGACAUUGUGGCGGCAGGGUGGUGGGCAUCAACUGAAUCCGGUCUUCAAUUUGAUGGCCUUCCAAACCCGAACCUGUACAUCGGCAAGACACGACCGGUUCUCUCACAAUCAUACACCGCUUUGACUGCAGGAUCUGGAAACCCGAAUCUGAACAAUGUACAGUGCAGCAUUUCCAUGGUCCCUACCGCUUUCAUCGUUAACGUCGAUACCCAUAAUCGAAAGCUCUCAGUCGCUCCGCAGAACAAUUCGAACAUGGAGGAUAUCGAGCCCACUGGCUUCAUUGCAGAUUCAGCUGCUGCGGUUCUUGCCAUCAUGGCCAGUUCCGACACGAGUUUCAAAACUUCAGUUAUCGGCAGUAUCCUAAUACGCAAUGUCAACAAUAAAAUCUUGCAGCAGGGGCUUUCCGAUCAAUCCCAGCUGCAAGAUGUUGCAACGUUGCAAGGCAUCGCCGAAUCCAUAGAAACACUCAUUGACGAUAGCCUUCUGGCCACAGCAAGUGCGCAACUCAUGAUUGCCAAGGAUGUCUAUACUGUUACUCCAAGUGUAUGGAGGAACGGACUGUGGAUUGGGGAAAAAAGUGUUGUAAUUGCUCUCGUUCUUGUCAACGCUUUUAUCAUUGCGCUAUUCAUUGAAGAAGCACUGCGGACACGAAUCUGGAGAGCCCUUCCAAAGUUCGAUUACAGCAAAGUCGAAAAUAUCAUGGUGGCUACCUCAUUGGGAGGGUCUGCUCUUGGUGAUGCAGUAUUGAGCAAAUCGAGCUGGGUUGGUGGUGAUUUGACAGAGGCUGCUGAAGAUGUGAGAGUUAUGGUGAGCUAUGCAGAUCAUGUGCAACUUGCUAUGGCUGGUGAGGAGACGGAUGAACAACGUAGCGAGGAUAGAAUCGAACUCAUUCCUCGCAAGGAUCUAAAAGGAUACCGCACUGGUGGCCGGGGCGAUGAUGAGUAA